AUGUGGAGAAGCUUUUAUGAAGAAAACCCUGAUGAGAUUUAUAGUCUUUAUAAAAAUUUAAGUGAAAAUUCUAGAGAUCAAGCCUCUUUUGAAUUAUAUGACAGGGAUAAGAUGAGAGGAAUUUAUGAAUUGUAUCAGAUGAUGAUUUUAAAUUAAGAAAUGAGGUUAAUCAGAUUAAUCAAAGAUUAGAAAAUUUUAAUUUACUUAUUGACAAUAUUAGAAAGCCUCUUAACCCUCAAUUUAAUUCAAAUAGUACAUGUCCUAUGUAUGGUAAAAAAGAUUAUUUUGAAUUUCAAUGCUAUAAUUUAGAUCAAUCAAUUCACCGUAUGCAAGAACAAGUGCAAGUAGCUCAUGGUUUUAAUAGAAAUAGAGAGCCUUUUUCAAAUUCUUAUAAUCUAAAUUGAAGGAAUAAUUUUUCAUGGAGAGACCAUGAAUGGUGGAUCCAUUUUUCAGAAUGCAUUACUUGACACCAAUGCUAGUAUUAAUUUAUUAACUGUAAGUAUUUGUGAAAAAUUUAAUAUUGUUGAUCUUAAACCUUCUACUAUUACCUUAUAAUUUGCUAAUAGAUCGAUAAAACAUCCUAAAGGUAUUUUAGAAAAUGUGAUAGUGAUAGUUAAAGGGUGUAAAUUUUUAGCUGAUUUUGUAGUCCUAGAAAUGGAUUUUAAUGGACAAUUUUAAAAUACACCAAUCAUCUUAUGGAGACCAUUUUCGCAUGCAGCAAAGAUGAAUAUUGAUUUUCUCACAAGUAUUGUGAAAAUUUCAUGUGGAGAUCAAUUAGUAGAAAUUAAAAUUUUUGAGGUAUUGAAUGAUCUUAAGAAAUCCCAAGUAUAUGAUUGUCAUACCAUAGAUCUUCUAGAUGAUUUUGAUGAUCCAAAUGUUAUUGAUGACUGUGUGUUGGAAGAAUUAGAGGAAAUAGAGAAUAUAAAUUUAGGAGAAAAGAAAGAGGAAGAUCAUCAGAAUUUAGAGUUGAAACCUCUUCCCUCUAGUUUAAAAUAGAUGUUUUUGGAGGAAAAUAAUUCAUUUCCUAUUAUUAUUGCAGCUGAUUUGAGUGAUGAACAAGAAGAAGAAUUAUUAGAUGUAUUUCGAAAAAAUAAGAAGGCUAUGGGCUGGAAAAUGGAUGAUCUAAGAGGCAUUGAUAUGAGUGUAUGCAUAUAGAGGAUAUAUCUAAAGGAGGGGGCUAGAACUAGCAGGGAACCAUAACAAAGAUUAAAUCCUAACAUGAUGGAAAUUGUAAAAAAAAUAAAUUUAAAGUGGCUAGCUGCUGAUAUUAUUUAUUCUAUUUCAAAUAGCAAAUGGGUUAGUCCUACACAAGUGCAAAAAAAAUCAGGGAUCACAGUUAUAAAAAAUGAAAAUGGGGAUAAAAUACAAACAAGAUUAACUACCGGUUGGAGGGUUUGCGUUGAUUAUAGAAAAUUAAAUUCAGUUACUUGAAAAGAUCAUUUUCCUCUAUCAUUUACUGAUCAAAUUCUAGAAAAAUUAGCUAGAAAAAACUUUUUUCUUUUCUAGAUGGAUACUCUAGUUAUAAUCACAUUUAUAUAAACCCUUUAGAUCAAGAAAAAAUAACUUUCACUUGUCCAUUUGGUACUUUUGUUUUUAAACGCAUGCCUUUUGGUCUGUGUGAUGCUCCAGCCACAUUUGAAAGAUGUAUGCUGUCUAUUUUUUCUAAUAUGACUAGAAAAGGCAUGAAAAUUUUUAUGGAUGAUUUUCCUAUUUUUGGUAAAUCAUUUGAUGAAUUCUUAAAUCAUUUACAACAUGUACUUGAGAAAUUUAUAGAGAAAAAAUUAGUUUUGAGUUGGAAGAAAUCACAUUUUAUGGUUAGAGAGGGAGUUGUGUUGGGUCAUAUUGUGAGUGAAAGGAGUUUAGAGGUGGAUAGAGCAAAAAUUGAUAUUAUAUCUAAAAUGAAACCUCCAAAUUCAGUAAAAUAGACUAGAUCUUUCUUGGGUCAUGCAGGUUAUUAUAGAAAAUUUAUUCAAGAGUUUUUGAAAAUUUCUAAACCUCUCACCAUGUUAUUAUCUAAAGAUGUGCCUUUUAAUUUUGAUGAGAAAUGUUUUGAGUGUUUUUUUUGAAAUAAAAAGAUUACUUACUGAGGCACUCAUUUUACAAGCUCUUGAUUGGUCCUUUCUUUUUGAAAUAAUGUGUGAUGUAUCGAAUUAUACAGUGGGGGCCAUUCUAGGACAAACAAAAGAGUCAAAACCUAUAGUAAUUUCAUAUGAUAGUAAAACUAUAUUCGAUGCUCAAUUAAAUUAUACCACGACUGAAAAAGAGUUGUUAGCUGUAGUAUUUUCAUGAGAAAGGUUGAGAUCAUAUAUUUUGGGAGCUAAAACUAUUAUUUAUACUGAUCAUGCAGCAUUAAAAUAUCUAUUAAAUAAGAAAGAUGCAAAGCCACGUUUAUUAAGAUGGAUUUUACUAUUGCAGGAAUUUGACUUAGAAAUAAAAGAUAAAAAAGGUUUCGAAAUGUUAUUGCUGACCAUCUUUCUAGAUUAAGUGAUACAGGAAUAAAUGCAGCACUUUUACAAGAUGUAUUUCUAGAUGAACAAUUGAUGGCAGCUCAACAUCAACCAUCACCAUGGUAUGCACAUAUUGUUAACCUUCUGAUUUCUAGAAAAAUUCCAGAACAGUGGGAUAAGAACAGAAAACAUCAUUUCUUUUCUAAGAUUAGAAAAUAUUUUUGGCAUGAUCCUGAUUUAUAUUACUUGGGCAAUGAUGAAAUUUAAAGGAGAUGUGCUACUGAAGAAGAAUAUCAUAGCAUUAUUAACAUGUGCCAUUCAUCUAAUUGUGGAGGACAUUUCUCUGGACGAAAAAUAGCUUGAAAAACUUUUCAGUGUGGUUUUCAUUAGCCUACAAUCAUUAGAGAUUCUAUAGAAUUUAGAAAAACAUGUAUUUCAUGCCAAUCCAUAAGUAACAUGAGUAAAAAAGAUGAAAUGCCCAUGAGUAACAUGUUAGUAGUCAAAAUUUUUGAUGUAUGGGGAAUAGAUUUCAUAGAUCCCUUCCCAUCAGUUGAAAAAUAUGAAUAUAUUUUGCUUGCUAUUGAUUAUGUGUCAAAGUGGGUGGAAGCUAUUCCUACUAGAACUAAUGAUCAUAAAAUCGUGAUGAAAUUUGUGUAGGAAAAUAUUUUUCGAAAUUUGGAUGUCCUAGAGUGAUUAUUAGUGAUGGAGGAAUAUAUUUUACAAAUGAACAUUUCAGAAAAUUGUUGAAAAAAAAUAGAGUACACUAUAAAGUAGCCACUCCAUAUCAUCCCCAAACAAAUGGGCAAGCUGAAGUAGCAAAUAGGGAAAUUCAGAGAAUUUUGAAAAAAAUAGUUAGACUAGAUAGGAAAGAUUGACCCAAAAAAUUACAAGAUGCAUUAUGGGCUUAUAGAACAGCUUAUAAAAAUCCCAUAGGUAUGUCCCCAUUUCAUCUCAUUUUUGGAAAGCCAUGACAUCUUCUUGUGGAAAUAGAGCAUAAAGCAUAAUGGGCUAUAAAAAAUAUAUGUAUGGAUGAAAAAUCAGCUGGUGGGCAUAGAAUUUUUCAACUACAUGAACUAGAGGAGUUGAGGAAUGAAGCUUAUGAAAAUCAUAGAAUAUAUAAAGAAAAAACUAAAACUUUUCAUGAUAAAUACAUUAGUAGAAAAAAUUUGAUGUUGGACAAAAAGUAUGGUUAUAUGAUUCUAGGCUGAAAUUAUUCCCAAAAAAAUUAAAAUCAAAAUGGACAGGGCCUUAUGUGGUGGAAGAGACAUAUGAUCAUAGGGCUGUAAUGAUUAAAGAUCCUAAAAGUGACCAUAACUUUAAGGUAAAUGGACAGUGACGUGACUUAGUCGUUGUAUAUUAAAUCACGCAAAUAUAAAAUUUAUAAAACUAGAAAAUACAAAUUUUCAGAUAUCUAGAAGUAUUUCUGAAUAAAUAUAUCAAUUAUAAUUCAAUAAAAGUUUGAAAAAUAGCGGUAAUUUUCCAGGUCGAUCACAGGGAUGUAAUAUAAUAUUUGGUAAUUAUUCAAAAAUUUCCUCAGAGAAUACUAUUUUAUGUGAAUUUUAUACUAAGAAAUGAAAAGGAAAUAUAUUUAAAAUUUACGAAAAAAGGAAAUAAGGGUGCGGACGUCAGGAUGACAUCAGCGCCCGGUGAAUGCAAAUCGGGCAGAAAUAGAGUUCCACUGGCGAUUCUUACGUAAGUGAUUACAGACGAUUUAAUUAAUCAAAUUAAGAUCUGUAAAAGCCGAAAGAAUCGUAAUAGAACAAAGUAUAUUUUGGUAAAUUAAAAUCAGAAAAUUUAUCACUAAAUGAAACAUAAAGUAAGUUAAAAGCAAGAAAACAGAGUUCCGGCGUCGCGACGGCAAUGCGUCAGCGAUGCACCGGAAUCUUGAGCAUUCGGGAGGAUCGUCAUGCAGUGUCCACAGCCUCAAAGGCUCUCUUUGGACAAGGACGACGUGGGCAAUCUCUAGAUCUUCUCGUGAAGUCUAGAGAUUAAUGAAAUGGGUCGUUGAAUCGGCUCCGGCGGCUGUCACCUGGCAGAGUGGAAAAAUGGCAACUUCGCGGCUCUCCAGUGGCUGUCACUCGACGGAGAGGAGCUAGAUGGAGGUAGGGCGUGUGUCAAGGAGCUUCAUCCUCAAGUCCGCUGAUAAGUCUUCAUUAUCAUGAGUUAAUAAUUAGUAAAUAAUAUAGUUUUAGCCUUAACUCAUGAUAAAUAGACUUAUAUUUGUGUUAAAGUGUGAAAAGUGGUUUUCAGUUGAUGAAUGUGAAUUUUUAGGUAAUUAUGUGAUUUUACAUGAAUUUAUAUGAUUUUUAUAGUCUUGCUUUUGAGAUAAAUGAAGAAAAAGAAAUAAAAAUAAGACAAAAUGAGUGGGGACCCGCCGGCCAGCCAGGCCUGCAAGCGGGUCGGAAGCUCAGUCAGGGAGUAGCCGCGAGCAGGGGCUCGAGCGGCUUGGACCGAUAGGGGCACGUGUGCGCCACUCCCCUUCCACGUCACCGGUGGCCAGCCGGCUGUGGGGCAAGGAGUGGUUGUACACGCGAGAGAAGGGACUUUGCUUAGAAAGCUAACAUUACUAUAUAUUCGCCCAAAAAAUCACCGCACAACUGAUGUGGGACUAAACCUGCGUCACACCUUCCUCAGAAGAGGCGGGCGACUGGUGCGGGUUCGAGUCCUUCUAGAGUCAAAAGUCAUAUAUUUUUAUCUGAUUAUCGCGACUUUCCUGCAGAUCGCCGGUGAAGGAUUAAGCAAUGAGAAUCACUAGAUCAUCGGUAAAAAUCUCGUCAACGCGAUUCACGGAGCAUUACUACUAA